CAAAAGUAGAAUCAAAGAUGGGUGAUAGUGAGCUUGAAGCAAUAAGAGCACGAAGAAUGGCUGAAUUACAACAACAAAUGGGUGGGCAAGAUGUAGAUCAGGAAAAGCAAAGGGCAGAAGCCUUGCAGAGGGAACAAGAAAUGAAGAACACGAUGCUGGCUCAACUCCUGGAUCAAUCCGCAAGGGCGAGAUUGAAUAGUAUUGCUCUUGUGAAGCCAGAGAAAGCUAAGAUGGUAGAGAAUAUGUUGAUUAAUAUGGCACGUUCUGGACAAGUUGGUGGAAAGAUUAAUGAAGAGCAGCUAAAGGGUCUUCUAGAGCAGGUCAGUGAAAAGACAGGUCGAUCAGGAAAAGUCAAGUUUGACAGGAGACGGCUAGACUCGGAUGAUGACGACUAUUAGCUGCAAUCGAAAAUAUUAUUUAUGAGAAAUCCUGCAUUAUAACAAGUGUACUUCCUUUUGGUGAGGAACAAUGUACGGGAAGAUCGAGAUGUUGGAAGUGACAUAUCAACCUUGUGAGAACUUUGAAAGCUAAGUGGAUUAUGCUGCAUUAGCCAUGAUGGUGCUGGAUGGUUGGAAAACAAGUCUGACAUUCUUUGCAUUGUUUGAUUCCAAAAUUGCAGUCAUUUUACAAAAUUGAAUAUCAAAUCUUGUUUAUCCUCC